ACACAUAACUACCUUCUUCCUAAUUCACAUGUAUAUCUUGUCGCACCAUCUAUUCUUUCUGUGAUUCACUGAACCUUUCUCCACAAACAGCCUUCCCUAUCCUUUUUCUUGGAACCCACUUCAUUCUCGUCCAUUGAAUUAGGGUUUACUUGAGGAGAAGAGUUGAGAGAAAGAAACCCAUUCGUCAAGAAUCAAGCUUUUCUUCAUUUCAGUUCAGGUUUAAGGUAAAUCUGCUUCAACCCAGCUAUUGAAGUGUUAAAGUCUGUGUUUUUAUUCUUGUCUGUCUUUGAAAGGGCUGUUUUUGUGUAUUGGGUCAAAGUUUUGCUUUUGUUGAUAAGGUGUCCCAUUGGGGAUUUCAAGAUUUUCUGGGAAUUGUAUAGAUUUGAUGGGAUUCAUUUGAUUGGAAAUUGGAAGUGAGAGGUUUGAGUAAGAUGGGGAAGAAGAAAUUUUGUCUGAAUGAAGAGGAUAGGGCUGUGAUGGAAGGGGUUUUGGGAAGUGAAGCAGUGGAAUUUUUCAGCUGGUUAGGUUUGAAUAACAUGAAUUCAGAGUUCAGUGUUUCAGGUGGGAAUUUGGGGGUGCAGGUGGGGCUGCAGAAGAUAGUUGAAGGGUCUGAUUGGACUUAUGCCAUUUACUGGCAAGUUGCAAAGUCAAAAUCUGGGAAAUCUGCCUUGAUUUGGGGUGAUGGGCAUUGCCCAGAAGCCAUUAGGAGGAAGAACAAAGACGAGAACGGGGGCGUUAAUGGGAGCUCAGUCAUCAAUGGAGAUAAGAGAAAGCAAGCUCUUGAAAUGGUUCAGGCUUCCUUUGGGGGGUCUGAGGAGGAUAGGUUUGAGGGGAAGUUGGAUUCGGGUUCAGAUGUCGAGAUGUUCUAUCUCACAUCCAUGCAUUUCGUGUUCCCGUUUGAUAAGCCUUCGAGCCCUUCUCAGUCGUUCAAUUCCGGUAGAACGAUAUGGGUUUCGGAUGCCAAGAAUUGUUUAGAGCAUUAUCAGUCAAGAUCCCAUCUUGCAAAGAUGGCCCGGUUCGAGACACUGGCGUUUAUUCCACUUAAAUCAGGGGUUGUGGAGCUCGGAUCUCUGAAGUCGAUUCCCGAACAACAGAACGUUGUUCAGAUGGCGCAAAAGAUGGCGGUGGUGGCGUCUAAUGCCUCGCAGGCGAAAGCAUUUCCAAAAAUAUUCGGGCGAGAACUUAGUCUCGAGUGUGCUAAGGCUGAAGAAGAGCCAGGCUAUCCUUCUGAUGCUUACGAGCUACAAUCGUUAGGUAAUAAUCAAGUAACCGGUGGGGAUUUAAGUUCACAAGCAGAAGACAACGCUUCACUUCAGCCCGACGAGAGAAAACCGAGAAAGAGAGGUAGAAAACCGGCCAACGGGAGAGAGGAGCCACUGAACCAUGUGGAAGCCGAGAGGCAGAGGCGCGAGAAGCUUAACCAGCGGUUUUUUGCACUUAGAGCCGUUGUUCCAAAUAUCUCGAAGAUGGAUAAAGCAUCUCUGCUUGGGGACGCAAUUGCGUACAUCACCGACCUCCAGGCAAGAAUUAGGGCCAUGGAAGCCGAGGAGGAGACGAAAGACGGUCCACAAAGGCAGAAUGGUGUCCCGGAUAUUGAUUUUUGUCAGAGACGCGAUGAUGCAGUGAUAAGAAUAGGCUGCUCUUUGGAUGCUCAUCCGGUUUCGAGAGUCGUAAAGGCAUUUAGACAACAUCAGGUAAUGGCAGAUGAAUCUAGCGUUUCGGUGACUGAAAACGACGAGGUUGUUCACACUUUCUCUAUCCGGGCUCAAGGUGCUGCUGUCGAACAGCUCAAGGAAAAGCUGGCCGCUUCUCUUUCCCUGUGAUUCCACCGUGUUUGUAGUACAAUAACUGAUCGGCUCAAACCAAGAAGGUCAAUAGGCAGCUCCGACCGAAAGUUGAACUUGUAACCUAGCUUGGUGGGGAUUGCUCCCAAAAUUUAUUUUUUUUAAAAAAAAUUGAUUCUCUGUAUUAUAAAAUGUUUGGUUAGAGCAACAUAACAUCUUUAUGUUUAAGGUGUGCCAUGGAAGAUGAGAGUUGGAGAUAACAGAGAUGAGACAGAUAUAUCUAAAGAGAUAGAAUUUAUCUGCUUUCCCUUUUCCUA